AUGUAUAAGUUACAUGGUUUGAAUGAUACGACUCACACCUUCGACAUACAGCAGGGUUUGAAAGGGCUUGGAAAACAGAAAGCAUCUCAUGAUUCCAGAUCUCCAGUGACUUUAGAAUUGUUGGACCAUUUGAUAGGGUCUUUAAAUAGUGUUAGAGAGGUCAUGAAAGGGGAAUACAGAUUGAAAUUGUUUAAAGCAAUGUUUUUACUGGCUUUCCAUGCAAUGUUACGUAUUGGGGAGUUUUGCGGGGAAGGUCCACAUAAUUUGAAAAUAAAUAAUGUCACUCAGUUUACUGACAAGAAUAUUAACAUUCGGUUCAAUUCAUUUAAACAUAGCAUGCAACCCUGUACAAUUCAGAUCAACAAGAAAGAGGUUGUGAAUUGUCCCAUUCAAGCGAUGAAAGAUUAUCUGAAAGUAAGGGGUUGGGGGGAUGGCCCUCUAUUUCAUAUAGAUGGUGAAGCGGUACCAAUUUUCUUGUUUCGAACGGUAUUGAAUCAAGCUUUGGAAAAAGCAGGGAGAACAAAAGAAAAGAUCCGCGCUCAUAGUUUCCGCAUAGGGGGAGCCACCCAGUUAUGUAAAGAAGGGAUGUCCAUGGUUAAAAUUAUGAAAAUUGGAAGGUGGCGCUCAAUCCCAGCCUUUUUGAAAUAUUUAAGAUGAGCGAGGGUUUUAUACAUGUACACUAGUCAAAUAGGGCGAAGGUAAAAAAUUAAGGAAGGUGCAGAAUGCCGCGAUAGGUAAUGUUUUAGGGAAGGAGACACCUCCUUAAGGGUUGCCUCAGCGUUAAGUAGAAAUUAAUGGUUAACUUGAAAUAAAGGUACAAGAAGAGUAGUAGGAUAAGCAAGGGGAUACCUGUUUUUCCAGCUUUGUUUUUGGUAUGCCAAAUAUAGCAAAUCAGUUAAAAACUAUACUUCAUUUAGGAAUUGUACAGUAUGAGCAUUGGUAAAAUGUGUUCAGAGGAUGGAGACACCUUCUCUGUAAAGGGUAUGUUUCAAUGUUUGCUCAAGGUUUUUUCUUGUAAUACAAAGUGGAUCUACUUCAAUAAAGAAAGUCUUUAAGCUUAAACUGUAUUAUGUAUUUUUGGUUAGGCCAACAUAUGUUAUAUUGGUGGGGGGCACUUUGAACCAUCAUAAGAAGGUCAAAGUAGUGGCAUCAUUUGCCUCCCACAAAUA